UUGUCACUGGCGGUAUUUCUACUCCUGCGAGUGAUGAUGCCAGGGCCCUGAUUGAUUAAGACGCGUGAUGAAGAUACAGUGACAACGACAUGCUUCGUUACUAUGGUAAUCGCGACCAUUCCGGCGACAUGGCCACCGCUGCCACCACCACCACCACCAUCAGCAGUAGCAGCAACACCAGCGCCAGAACGACGACAGGAGUGGCGGAGAAGGACUCGCAGAGCGAGGAGAGAGAAUGUCCGCGCGCCCUCGUCUCGUGGAUCUAUUGACGCUGACGACGCCGCGUCAUCUCGCGCCGGUCUGAAGGACACCUCCGAGGAAUGGCUGCGCCAUCUCCGUCCGUGCUCAGUCUGAACCUGGAACACGCGGAGCUCGUGUUCUACUCCGGGGAGAAGAUCCGCGGAGCGCUCGUCGUCCAGCUCGCCACGCCCGUGUCCGUCGCAGGUGUGGAGCUGCGGUUUCGAGGAUCCGCGCGUGCAACGUGGCGGGACCACGUACACGAAGGCAUGCGCAGAACGGAAGUGGAACACGAGAAGGAAGAGAUUUAUUUUGACGACAGAUUUUGUCUCUGGGGCAAAGUAACAGACGAAGGUCACUGGGAGACGCGAGAAGUGCUCAAGAGAGGGCGCCACUUGUUUCCGUUCCAGUAUAAAUUACCGGAUGGUAUUCCGUGUUCAUUUGAAGGACCUAAUGCGUAUGUGCGCUAUACAGUUCAGGGUUUGGUGUUUCGGACUUCUGGGGAGUGUCUUUCUACACAGAGGUGUGUUACGGUUCUCAGAGACUUGGACUCAAAGCGAGACACAGAAAAACGAACUCCCUCGCCUCGCCAUGCUCUGGAAGACCACGCAGAACGCUCGUUCAGCAGCGUGUGUUGCCGACCAGGGCGGGUAUCCUGCUCCCUGUCUAUCAUAAAGCGGGGUUACGUGCCCGGCGAGACCAUCAAAACCGAGAUUCACCUGCACAACCUGUCCAUGCGCAAGUCGGGGGUCUGCAAGCUGCAGCUCAAACAGUUGUUGACGUACGGAGACUCUCACAGCAAGUACCUGGUUCUGGAAGAAAGCAAACUCUUCGACGCCAUCCGCCCCGGACAGAGACGACAGCUCCGAGAAUUCCCUAUGCACGUGCCGCCCACAUGUCCCUCGAGACUCAGCAAGUGUAGAGUUAUAGAUGUCAGAUAUUGUUUAGCUCUAGAGGCUCAUUUUACAGAUACGGUGCUUUACGCUGCAGUCCCAGUAACUAUAGCAACCAUUCCAGAGAAGGGAAUACUACCAAUACGUUGGGGGUAUCGAGAAUGCAUCCGCCCAAUCAACCAAGACAGCGACGAACCCAAAGAAGGCCAGUGUGUGGAGUUUGAACCAAAGUACAAAUAUUACGAGGAAAUCCGGGACAUUCGCCGCGAGAAGUAUUACAUUUUAAAACUACGUCAGAGCCCGGGGGUGAGGCGCCGCCAGCUCAUAGCGAAAUCAGAACUAGGCGCAUGUGCAGCCGAACAUUCGGAAUUGAUCAGCGAAUCGCACGCAUGAGCAGUGCGGCCGGUCGUGUCGCAACGCAACCUGGCGGGGUUUUUUGCUUUGCUCAAAAGGAAAUAACUCAUAUGCGUGUAUGUAUGACUCAAUCGAUUAAUAAUUUGACGUGCUAACGCCCACUGAAAGUUCCAUUACGUGGGUGAUGGGCAGGUCCUACGGAUUCCCAGGAGAAUCGUAAGUGUAUGCGUGUGCAAGCGUUGUUCAAUCUACUUUCCUGUUGCCAAGAGAGAAGAAAGAAAGUACCGGAAGUUAAUCCGAUCAACAAAGUAGGUCUUGAAACUGUAAUGGUUAAAACCCAUUUGGAAGCCGUUUGUUGACUCGUACGUGGACGAGAUCUGAUAGAACGUGUAUCAUUCGUAUCCGUUCAGCAUUUGUAGACACACAAUUUGAGUUGAAGAUUAUUUAAGACAGAUGCGUGAAGUCAUUGUACUUGAUGCGUCUUGAUUGAGAGCUAAAAGUCUGUUAUCGUGGUGAAUACCAAAACUCUAAAGCUGGCUAAAACCUUUUGUGUAUAAUACAAUAUCGAUUUGAAUCAUAACCAUGACAACUGUAUAGUCUUAAACUUUUUUGGUGCCUUGAAACUUUUCUUUAAAAUGAGCUGAAAGUGGUGAUGACAUGACAUCAUAUCACUUAUUUUUGUGUUUAAAACCAAAUAAGGUUCAAGCACGCUAUACUGUAUCAUGCAGCUCACCUGUUGGAGUUUUUCUGCCUAGCACCUAAUUUAAUCGGUUUACGUGAGAGGAAAUAUGCGACUGCCACAUCGGUUACUCCUAUCUUUAGCAGCAAGGAAUCUUUUAUUUGCAUGUGUUGUCCUACAUACUGAAGGAAACAGAGGUCACCAAUCACUGACCAAUUACGAGCGGUAGAAAUGUUCAGGUCUUAACCCAUCAUUGAAUUAUUGCAGUCUGGUAUUGUCUCAUUUUCUAACUCGCGUGUCCUGUAGCCAUGUUCUGUUUAUAUCUUGGGUUAUAGCUUCACUGCUAAAAAAACCCUAUCAAUUUCGAAAUAUCAGAUGACUAUUGGGUCGGUAAACACCGAUACUGUGUCUAAAAUACACAUAGGCCCGAAUUUACAAAGCCUGAUUUUGUCUUAAAGGCGUGUAAUUACAUACAAUUACUGUGUAUGUUAAAACAAGCUCCUUAAAUUUGGCCCAUAGUUUCUAAUUAAAUCUGAUGCAACAGACCUUUGGCUUGAUUAUCUUGGAGUUCACUUAUAACAUUAAAUGUGUACGUUUUGUAUUGGUACAAACGCUAUAACAAGAAAUCUAUAAACACAGAGUGAGUCGGUUUCGAAAACGAAUGUCGGGUUUCUUCUUGUAGCUUUUGUACCAGUCACCAACAUGUUAGUUUAAUGCUAUGAGUAAACUUAAGAAGGGUCAAACUAAAGGUUUUUAGUGUCAGAUUUAGGAUAAUGUGUGUAUUUAAGAUAUGGUAGUUCACGACCGUAUAAUUGUCGAAAAUUGGCAAUCUAUUACAUAGAGUAAUCUCCAGCCCUUACCCAAACACGGCUUGCCUAGAGGACACUCGAGCUUUUAAUUUCGGUGCAAGGAAUGCAAAGGUCGGGCAUGUUUGUUUAACGGCGCUCUAGCACAUUUUAAAUAACGGCUAUUUGGUGAUUAACAUGCGGUUAUUUCGAGUGGAGAUUUGGUCGAUACAUUAAGAGAGAGACCAAGUCGUCUGUUAAGCUACAUAUUUACUCCUGUCGGCAAAUAUCUCUUACGUGCACUUUACUAAGACUGUUACGGGACCCAUUUGACUAUUUCUCGUUCCAGCCAGUGCGUCACAACUGAUAUAUAAAAGACCGUGGUAAGUACUAUCCUGUCUGUGGGAUGGUGUAUAUAAAAGAUCCCUUGCUACUA